GAACAGCUGAUUGUGACAUAUGUACUCUUUUGACGUAUAUUCCAGCAAAUAUAUUUUAGCAACGAUUGUGUGGUAUUGACAGUGAAUUUGUUGGUUUUGCUCUAUGGCCAGUACAGCUGCUAUGAACCCCCUUCGUUAUAUAAUUAACAGACAGUACAAUGAUUGUGUUAAAAUUAAAAAUAAAUUGUUUAACGAACGAUUGGCCAAGGCAAGAAAUUUAUAUAGAAAAGAUCUAUAUGCACAUUAUGGGUGUGUGAAUGCCAUAGAAUUUUCGGAUGAAGGGGAAUUAUUGGUUUCAGGUGGUGAUGACCGUAGAGUUCUUUUGUGGUCAGUUCCAGAAAUAAUACAUGAUCGAGGUGCCCCUGUGAUAAUGCGGGAGCAUCAUAUCAGUAAUAUUUUUUGCGUGUCUUUCGAUUCCAGAAAUUCAAAAAUAUUUUCUGGGGGAAAUGAUGACCAGGUUAUUCUGCACGACAUUCACACAUGUAAUUUGAUUACCAAACUUCCGCAUAGAAAACCAGUAUAUGGAUUAAGUAUAAACCCUCAAAAUGAUGAUGUUUUGGCAACUGCUGGUGAUGAUGGCAGGAUAUUAAUUUUUGAUGUCAGAGAAACUUCAGCAGAGGCUCAAUGUUUGGCGAAACAAAAGACUGGAUUCCAUUCUGUGAUGUUUAAUCCUACUAACCCUCGAUUUUUGGUAACUGCAAACUCCGAGGAGGGAAUCGCCCUAUGGGAUUGUCGAAAACCAAAAGAUGUUUUGGUUCAAUAUGAUUCAACGGGCGGAAAAAUAAGUGGCAUCAGCGCUUGCUUCGACCGCAGCGGUAAGCAGCUACUGGCCUUGCGUCGUCGCUUGCCGCCAGUUCUUUACGCCACGCAGAGCGAGACUGCCAUCUGCCAGUUUUACCAUCCACAGUACUACAAUUCUUGCACUAUGAAAACCUGUUGCUUUGCUGGCGACAACGACGAAUACAUUCUAAGCGGCUCCGAUGAUUUUAAUCUUUAUAUGUGGCAAAUACCGAGAGAUGGCAGCGAGUGGGGUACUUCCCAUGUGGUUUUGAAGGGGCACAGAUCGAUUGUUAAUCAAGUUAGAUAUAACAAACACAACAAUCUCAUAGCUUCUUCAGGUGUUGAAAAAAUGGUCAAGCUGUGGACAACUCUUCCUAUAGGCACAUGGAGAGGUUCACUAGUUAAAGAAUAUUCUGAAUCAUCUAGAGCUAUAUACACUCAUGAUGAUUAUAUGCAAAUAGUUGGUGCCACAGGAGAACGAAUAUCUCACGAUUACAGUGACCAAUCAACGCUUGAAGACUCUAAAAUGAUGGCAUUUUUUGAUUCGUUAAUCCAAAGGGAAAUUGAGGGAUGGGAGUCGCCUGCGGAAUCACUAUCCACCGAUAGUGAUAGUGACGGACAGAGCCAAUACUGGACUAAUUUGAUAACAGAGAUUUACCAUACCAGACAUAAAAACUUUGAUGAAGCUAAAAAGCAUAAUAAAACAAACACUAUAGCUCAUUUAAUUUAUAAGAAACGCCAUUGUUUGGCGAAAAUGGCGCACGAUAAAUCUAGAAGUGCUAUUAGAAGGUAUCAUUUAAAAGAAAAAAGUCGCAAAAGAAAAAAUUUUGUUAAAGAUAGGACUGCAAAAUCCCCCAAAAAUGGCAAGAGACCAGAAAACUACAAUGCCUUAAAACAUGAAAGUCGCAAACAAAAAAGUGAUGUGGAAGGUGGCAGUCGUCUUCGUAAAUAUAGAACAAGACAAAGUGUUAAGGAUAUUUGCGAAAGUAGCGCCUCGAAUAACUCCAUUGAUGCACCAAGCACAAGUACAGGGAUUACUAGCUCAGCUAGUUCGACCUACCGAGUAAUAGAACAGGAUUCCGAUGACGAAUUGCCUCCUAACACUCUUAAUUGCAAUGAAAACAUUACAGAAGAGGUGAAUAACUUCGUUAACAUUCUGCCAACUCCUCUCAAUGGCACUCAUGACCUGUUCGUAAACGCACUCGAGACUUCGACAGAAGUCGUCUCCACUGGCCAUGCCCCUCUUCCUUCGACCAGUGCACAGAACACAUAUCAAAGUGAUACGGACAGCGAUUUCGACGAUUAUCAGUUAACACCCGUUAAGAAAAGACGUACCGUUAGCGCGUCUGACAGCGGCUGUGCUACAGGGCCUUGCAGUUCCAGUUCCUUGUCAAAGAAAAACAACCAAAAUAAUAACCACCGCCAAGAGUGUUCAUUUGGUAAUGGAGGUAGAAGUUCUGAUGAGGAAUACGUGUAUGAAAAGUUUAGAAAAAGUGUGAAAAAGGCUAGACUCAACCUUAGAAAACAAAUUGGAGCAGAGUCUGAUUCAAAUUGAAUCUUUUAAUUGUAUGUUUUUUUUAUUUUUACAUUGAAUUAUUACAAAUUUUAUUUAUAUUGUCAAGUUCAUUUAAUUUUAUCUGAAAACAAUUGCGUAUGUAUUAUAAUACAUAAUUAUUAUACUAAAAUGUUUAAU